GGCGCCCCCACCCCCGCGCGCUUCAGUGGUGCCGGCCGAGGGAAGGACUCGGGGGCUGCGGGGCUCGCGCCGCUGUCAGUGCGGCGGGGCGCGCGAGCGGCGCGGGCUCAGGGCGGGCACAGCCGAGAGAAGCUGAGGGGGCGGCGGCGGGGGCGACUCCCGCGCGUGUGUUCAGCUCGUCACGCCGCGGCCGGGGCCGCCUUCUUCCUCCUUCUCUCCCUCCCUUCCGCCCCCGAGUGCGGCGGCACCGCCUCCUUCUGCGCCGCGCGGCUUCCUCCAGACCUCUCGGCGCGGGUGAGCCUUGUUCCCAGAGGCAGCUGGUACUGACCCUGUGACCCAAAAGAGAAAAUUGUGGGCUGAGCUCAGCCUUGGUACUGGUGGCCAUCAUGUCCUUGAAGAUCCAGACAAGCAAUGUAACCAACAAGAAUGACCCCAAGUCUAUCAAUUCUCGGGUCUUCAUUGGAAACCUCAACACAGCUGUGGUGAAGAAGUCGGAUGUGGAGACCAUCUUCUCCAAGUAUGGCCGCGUGGCCGGCUGUUCUGUGCACAAAGGCUAUGCCUUUGUCCAGUACGCCAAUGAGCGCCACGCCCGGGCAGCUGUGCUGGGAGAGAAUGGGCGGGUGCUGGCCGGGCAGACCCUGGAUAUCAACAUGGCUGGAGAGCCCAAGCCCAACAGACCUAAGGGGCUAAAGAGAGCAGCAUCUGCCAUAUACAGUGGCUACAGCUUUGACUAUGAUUACUACCGGGACGACUUCUACGACAGGCUCUUCGACUAUCGGGGCCGCCUGUCACCUGUGCCAGUGCCCAGGGCAGUCCCUGUGAAGCGACCCCGGGUCACGGUCCCCUUGGUCCGGCGCGUCAAAACCACCAUACCUGUCAAGCUCUUUGCCCGCUCCACGGCCAUUCCCGCCGGCUCAGCCAAGAUCAAGUUAAAGAGCAGUGAGCUGCAGGCCAUCAAGACAGAGCUGACACAGAUCAAGUCCAACAUCGACGCUCUGCUGGGCCGCUUGGAGCAGAUUGCCGAGGAGCAGAAGGCCAACCCAGAUGGCAAGAAGAAGGGCGACAGCAGCAGUGGCAGUGGCGGGGGCAGUAGUGGUGGCAGCAGCCGGCCGCCAGCCCCCCAGGAGGACACGGCUUCUGAGGCAGGCACGCCCCAGGGAGAAGCACAGGCUCGAGACGACGGCGAUGAGGAGGGGCUGCUGACACACAGUGAGGAAGAGCUGGAGCACAGCCAGGACACAGACGUGGAGGAUGGGGCCUUGCAGUAAGCAGCCUGACAGGAACGAUGGCCACCGGCAGGAGAAGGGCGUGCACUGUACCAGGCCUAAAGCUGGGCACCCGCCCCUGGAGACUACCCCCAGCGGGUCCCAGGAGAGCCGGCCGCAGGCAUCUCCUCCCGCACACAUCCCAGCCAGUGCUGCAUCCUCUGCAGGUGGAGUUAUUGGCCACCCUUCCCCUCACGCCCUCCCUGUUGGCACCGCCCAGGCCAGAGGGCAGCGCACAGAGGUUUCCCCACACUCUACCUCCCCUCCCAGGACACUCCCAGGCUUGGGGUUUUUCUAUAGGUUUGGAGAGGGGAGGGUCCCAGGGAGGGUACCCUGACAAUAAAGAGAUUGGAUCCCAA